AUGCAAAAUCAAAUCCGUUCUCUCCAUCGAGCAACCCCCAGAACUAGUCGAUUGUCUCUUGACCUCUCCUUCGCUCUCUCUUCGAUGAAUUCGUUGCCCACUGUGCCCUUGAUUUUUAGAUUCGUUGAUUUAACUGAAGAAGAAAAAGAAGUCAUCGUUGAAGAUGAGGUAUCAGGGGAAGUUGAAGUUGCAGGACUCACACCGUGCAAUACGAUGCAGAGCUUACUAGGGUUUCAUCCUCCUCACUUCUCUGAGGAAGCAGCAUGGCUUCCGGGUUGGCUUCAAUCUUCCUCGAUAAGGGAGGCGAGCAAUCAAGCAUUUCAAUGUUCUUCAGGGCAAAGGCUCGAGGACAUUGGAUGCCUUCAGCAAAACAUCAAUACUAGAGAAAAUGAGAAUCUGUCUGAUAAUGGUGUGUGUAAGAGUUUCCAUUUAUUUUUAUCUGGAGAAGACAACUCAACCAUGAAUUUUCCUUCAUGUUCUAGCAAUCAUGAAAUUCAAUUCCAUCUUCAUCUAUCAUCAAAUGAAGAAUCUCAAAAUUUAUCAAAUCCAAUUCCAAGUAAAUCUCAACCACAACCUCUUCCAGUUCCAGAUUCCAAAGUUACCCCUAAGGAGAACACCCAAAAUCCAAUCCCACAGAAGGGCAAUUCAGGAAUUUCCAGUCACGAACCUUUAAAGGGGCAAAAUGGGAAAACCCCGAAAUCUCAUAAAGUUGAUAUCACAGAUGCAGUGGAACUAGCUGUUGCAGCAUCAGAAGCAUUAAUAAUCCAUGAGGUAUUAAAAGAUGAACCAAGUUCACAGCUUUCAACCCCUUCAUCUGUUCUUGAAGCUGCAAUAAGGGUAAAAAAGGCACGAUUGGAGGAACUUAAUGAUGAUUUUGAGGAAAACAAUGACAAUGAGUAUGAAGUUGACUUUCUUUCUGAUUUGGAUGAGUUGACCAUGGCAGAAGCAUACGAAGAUGUGGGAUUAACAGUGAAUAGUUGUGGUUAUGAAUCCAUAUCUCAUGUUAAAGAUAGUUAUGGAACCCUAGAAGCUGAAUUUGGUUCUAUUUCCACAAAACAAGAGAUAUUAUCAAAAAAAGAAAUUGUUUUGGAAUCUAUUGAAGGUGAUACACAUAAAGAACAUGAUGCUGAUCUAGGGUGUGAUUUUGAUCCCAUUUUUAGUUGUUCUGUUGAGCAACCUGAUUUUUGCACAAAAAAGGUUGUGUUGGAAAAUGAAGGCAAGAUGACAAAUUUGAUUCAAGAUAGAUUUCAAAGCCGUUGGUUUGGUGGUUGGACAUGUAAGAAUGAAGUUGGGAUUCCUUCAGUUACAGACAACAAAAUCCCUGAAAAACCAUUUGCUUUAAAUGAAACAAGUUUUUUCUCGGAAUCUGCCGAUUUUGCCCCUGAUAUGAAUUCUGCUAUACAAAAACAGGACAUUAAUACUGUUUCUCAAUCAAGCAUAACACGUCCUAAAGAUAUAGAUACACACCAGAAAACUACUGAUAACGGUAUUUUUUGUUCCGAUAUUGCCCCUGAUAUGCCUCCUAGUGUCUCCCCAAUGGAGGACCUUUUGUGUUCUAUUGUUCCUUGUAGCUUUUCUUCCGAUAAUACCCCUCCCCAUGUUAAUCUCCAUAACCCAAAAAGUGUCUCAUCCCAAAAUACCGAUUAUACCCUUCAUCAAGUUAAUCUCAAUAAUCCAAAAAGUAUCUUACCCCAAAAUACCGAUAAUACCCUUCACCAAAAUAAUCCAAAAAGUGUCUUACCCCAAAAUACCGAUAAUACCCUUCACCAAAAUAAUCCAAAAAGUGUCUUACCCCAAAAUACUGAUUAUACACUUCACCAAGUUAAUCCAAAAAGUGUCUCACCCGUAAAUACUGAUAAUACCCUUCACCAAAAUAAUCCAAAAAGUGUCUCACCCCAAAAUACCAAUAAUACCCUUCGUGAGAAUAUUUCAAGUCCUACUAUACGAAGACACGUGUCCUCACUUAAAACUUACAGCAUCUUACCACAUCCCCCUUAUGAUCCCUACUCGGUGAACAAACAACCUACACAAGAUGAUGUUGAGAAAAAGACCAAAUUACCCUUGGCUACUGUAAAUAAAGAAAAUCCAGAGUUACUUCCAACCGAGGUUUUCAGAAAGUCAACGCGUGUAUUCUCAAAGUCAAAUGGCUGUUUGACUCGGUCAACGAAGGUUCAAUCUUACCACAUAAGAAAUACAUGA